AACCGGAAGUUCCGCCAUCUCCUUGUACCAUUCGAGCUACAACAGGGUCAGUAUAGACUUAAUUUGGAUGUUAAUUAUGGUAUAUUGUCAACAGUUAUUAAAUAUUAUAAGUAAUAUUGACGCAGUAAACGUUCCAUAACCAUCGGUUUUAUGUUAAGGAUGGUGGUAUCACUCGAUCAGAUCAUAAAUACCACUCCUAUUCUGUUGCCACUUGAACUGCUAGCAACAGCGUUCAACGUUAUCUCAUUUGGUUUAUGCCGUUGGCUACUUCAGCUACCUAGCUAGGUAAAUAGCAAUGAUUCAUUCAGUGUCGUGACAGGAAUACCUAUAUUUAGUUAGUCGGGUUUCUCUUUCACGCUUCCCCCUUAACCCCCACCACAAUUGUAAAACGUUCAAAUUGAUCGCUACUGAGAAAGCCAAGGAGAAGGGGAGUUAACGAUUUUCCGUGGAACCCGACAGCCAGACGGUUGCCAUGUCGACCUCAUCGCUACGGCGACAAGUAAAGAACAUUGUCCACAACUUCUCAGAGGCAGAGAUCAAGGUGCGGGAAGCGACGUCCAAUGACCCAUGGGGCCCCAGCAGCUCUCUGAUGUCAGAGAUUGCAGACCUGACCUACAACGUAGUGGCCUUCUCUGAGAUCAUGAGCAUGGUGUGGAAACGACUCAACGACCACGGCAAGAACUGGAGACACGUCUACAAGGCUAUGACUCUCAUGGAGUACCUCAUAAAGACGGGUUCAGAGCGCGUGGCUCAGCAGUGCAGAGAGAACAUCUACGCUGUCCAGACUCUCAAGGACUUCCAGUUCAUCGACAGAGACGGCAAGGACCAGGGGGUGAAUGUGCGGGAGAAGGCCAAACAGCUGGUAACACUGCUGAAGGACGAGGAGAGACUACGAGAGGAGAGGAUCCAUGCCCUCAAGACCAAAGAGAAGAUGGCACAGACCACCAGUGCCUCUUCGGUCCCCUCAGCUCCAGGUCUGGGGGGUGGAGCGCUGUCUCAGGGCUCUCACUCUGGAGGGGCGGACCCAGAGCAAGCGUGGCCACAGAGCUCCGGUGAGGAGGACCUGCAGCUGCAGCUGGCCCUGGCCAUGAGCAAGGAGGAGGCGGAACAGACUACUGUGGCCCCUCUGGAGGACGCAGAGCUCCGCUAUGCACUCACACUCAGCAAGGAAGUACAAGAACAGGAGGAGAGGCUGCGCAGGGGGGACGACCUGAGACUGCAGAUGGCCAUCGAGGAGAGCAGGAUGGAGAAGGCCAAGCCAGAGGAGAGUGCGUUAAUGGAGCUGAGUGCUGUGGACCCCUGGGGGGCUCCUGCUGCUGCCUCUGGGGGCUCUGCCGGCCCCUCACCCCCUCCCACAGUCCCCCUCCCAGCCCCCUCUGGCCCCUGGGGCCUGGCCCCUGCAGACCCUUGGGGUGCCUCAUCGCCCGCCUCACCCCCAGUAGACCCAUGGGCUAGUGGAGGGACGGCCCCCAACGAUAGCCCCCCGCCAGACCCCUGGGGAGAGACCGCCUCCUCAAGAGUCAACUCCGUUGACCCCUGGGGACCCUCAGCUGUGACCCCCCCCAGUGUCGACCCCUGGGGUCCCUCUGUGCCCCUCUCCACCACCUCCUCUUUUGGGGGGCCAAUAGACCCCUGGGCUGGGGACGGGGUUGACCCCAUCAUCACCUCUGACCCAUGGAGCGACUCCGCCAAACACACUAAUGGCACAGGACACCCAGAACUGCGAGGUCAGUUAACUGGCGACAGUGCGGGUUCUCCGGUGCCCUUUGACCUCACAUCUCUGUGCUCUUCACUUCCUGUCCGUAAGACCCCCGAGUCAUUCCUGGGACCCAACGCAUCUCUGGUGGACCUGGACUCACUGGUGUCUUCUAAACCCAAACCUAAACAACCUCCUCCUCCAUCAAUCUCCUCCUCAACACACAACCCCUUCCUCCAGACCACAGCCUCGUCUUCAGCCCCUGGCAUGGCAGUCACCCCGGGCAGCACAAUCUCCAGCAGGGGGGUUUCCCCAACGCCACCCCCCACCUCCAACCCGUUUGGCGCGGCCGCCCCCAUGUCCUCUAUCUCCCCACAGCCCUCCACACUCGGCCUCAGCAGCCUCCGCACCAGCCCUGUACCACCCAACCCCAUGGCAUACCCUGGCAUGGGCUUGGGGCCUAUGGGUAUGGGAGCACCAGGCCUGGGGAUGGGCAUGAUGCAGAGCCCCAUGGGAAUGUCCCCCUACGGCGGGCUCUCGCCCAUGGGUCCUCCUGGGUCCUCUCACUUCAUGGGGCCCGGAGGGGCCCUGCCCCCACAGCUGAAUUUUGGGGGGCCUACGGGGGCAGCUGGAGUGAUGGGAGUCGGGGGAGCAGUGGGAGGGGCCGGAGUGACGGGUGCCAGCACCAAUCCCUUUCUUCUUUGAGGACAUUUCGGGCACUCCCCCUUCCUCUUCAACACCCAAUCCAGGCACUGCCGCACCCCCUGGCUUAUCUACUGCCCCUCCCCCCAGAGCGAUCCUCCUUCAACACAAACAAUUUAUGUUUCCAAAAAGAAACGUGUGUACAUCUCUAUUUAAAGAAGAAAAAAGAACAUCUGAAUUUGUUAUUUUCUUUCAGAAGCAUUUACAUGAAUUUCAACAACAAAAAUAUUUUGGUUCAUUUCAGUGGGAUGUAGCGGGAGGGAAAUAGACGUUUAUUUAUUUUUUAUUUUGUUUUAAUGCGUUUUGGUUCAUUUCAGUGGGAUGUAGCGGGAGGGAAAUAGACGUUUAUUUAUUUUUUAUUUUGUUUUAAUGCGUUUUGGUUCAUUUCAGUGGGAUGUAGCGGGAGGGAAAUAGACGUUUAUUUAUUUUUUAUUUUGUUUUAAUGCGUUUUGGUUUUUUUCAGUUCUUUCUGAAAUAAAGGUGGGAGUUUGAGAGUUAGGCUUCAUCAGUUAUGUCACACUGAUAUAAUAUUGUAUUAUUGCACUGACAGAGAUGGGGAGAGAGAGGGGACAUGGCCACUAACAAACUGAAACACAAACAAAUUCCUGUACCUGCCUCUUCCUCUUUGUCUGUAGAAGAGAAAGAUAGGAUGAACACUGACAUGAGAGGAGGAUUGAAGGAGGAUUUUAUAAAAAAAACUCCUGAACAAGAUUUGGACUGAAAAAACUGGCAUUAACAUUUCAGCCACAAUAUAGUCAAAUCAUUCAAUAGCUGUUCUAUUUUUUAUUUAACGUUUAAUAUAAUUUAUUGAUAAUUUUUUCCGCUCCUGGGAAUGAAUAAACAAGGGGGGGGGAAAUUACGCAAUUAUGCCAUAAAAUCAAAUGCUUAUUUUUUCUUACUGAUUGUCAUGGAAAUCAAGAAGGCAACUAUCGAAUUGGUGGAGGAGAGAUGGAAUGUGUUUUGUAAAUGUGUUGUGUGGAAGAGUGUGUGUGUGUGUGUGUGUGUGUGUGUGUGUGUGUGUGUGUGUGUGUGUGUGUGUGUGUGUGUGUGUGUGAAUGUGUCUGUCUCCAUUCAUCCUGCGUCCUUGCUUAUUUCAGCAAGAUACAAAUCUAUUAUUUUUGUUUUUAAAAAUUGUCACUUGUAUCAAUGCUAUGUAAUGUUGGGAUUUUAAAUGAGGUAUUAUAAGGAUCACAUUUUUCUGCCAAUUUUAUUUCACAAAUGUUUUGUAUUAAUCAAAAGCAUUAGUCUUUCUCACUCUUUCAUACGGGAUGUCUCGUCUCCAGGUGUCUCGACAUGACUGGACCCUGUCCUUUCUGACCCUCUGACUGGACCCUGUCCUUUCUGACCCUCGAUGACUGGACCCUGUCCUUUCUGACCCUCGAUGACUGGACCCUGUCCUUUCUGACCCUCGAUGACUGGACCCUGUCCUUUCUGACCCUCGAUGACUGGACCCUGUCCUUUCUGACCCUCGAUGACUGGACCCUGUCCUUUCUGACCCUCGCUCCUACGGGGGGAGAGCUGCAGAUGCUUCUUUUAAAAAGACAAUUCAAUGAAUGAACCACCUUAAACAACAGGGGACUUGAUGACAUGCUCCAUGCUGUUUCUUUUCAUUUAGUUUGAUGAAUUGAUUGUUAUUUUAUAUCAACUAAAAGAUCUCUUUUAUUGGGAAAGGUCACAUUUUGUGUGGUGUUAACUGUGAACAUUCACAUUUGAAAAGUAAAAUGAGAAAAAAAAAGAAAUUUAAGAAAUAAAACAAAUCCACAAAG